CAAGUCAGCUCACCCGUAAAUAAACGGCAUUUUGACGGCAUUACUCAACGUUUCUGCCUCACAAUAAACGUAGCAUUUGAGUCUAAAAAGUUGUAAGAAGUGUAGUGCAAGUGUUUGUCUGUCCUGACAAAAUGCGACAUUAGGCCAAUAAAACGGCUCUUAAAAAGCAACAUAAAGCGAGGAGCGAAGGGGCAGCACUUUCAUUCAUAAAAUCGCAGCCGCAAGACGCGCUUUUUAUUUCCACGAAGGGGCUAUGGAGGGAGGUGUAACCGGCUCGCGUGUUAGUCGCGCGCCUCACUUUUAUGGGAACCAGACUCUGAAAAAAUCAAGAAUAUUCCAAGAGCAAGUCUAAAGACCCUGGGCAAGGCCUGAGUGUCUACGGCCCACGCAUCGGAUAUGGAAACGAUCCAGUCAGAGUGUGAGUUUUCGUCUGAGAUACAGAUACAGCUUCCGGCAGCGACUUGAGUUUAAUAGGGCCAUAAUAAUGCUUUAUUUUUACUGUCUCAUGUGUGAGUGUGCCGAAGUGUGUCUAGGUGUCUGGCAGUCGUCUACCGCUGACCGUAAAAUUUUAAUAUGCCCGGUGACGGUGCGUUUGCAGAUCUGGUUUACUCCUGCUCAUCUGCGUGGCGGUCUAAAUCAAUCUGCGGCACCUUUAUGGCCGCUUUAUGUGGCACACUUUUCACCUUGACAUUGACCAGGUCGGUCCUCCCUUUCGCCUCCGCAGCCGUAGAUGACGAUGGCGAUGACGAAGACCUGCCCCAACGUGUCCCACAUGGAAAGUGUCGUAAAACAUUAAGUGUUGCCACCGCACUUUUCUGUUCGUCUCUUCUUGGGAGGUCCAAGGAAUGCGGCUCAAGUGACGUCGGUGAAGGAGUGUCCCCCGAUUUUGGAGCGGGGAAUGGCAGAUGGAGCAAUUAUGACCAUUAUUCAUCGUCGAACAGGUAGCAUUGAAAGUGAAAAUAUUCAUUUGCACAUCAAUAUUUAUGGAUCGCGGUCGUUAUCGUUCACAAUGUAUUUUUGGAAUAUUGUUUAUAAAGAAAACAUUGAUAGCCCAUUCAUACGAUAGAGUUUUAAAAGGAUAUUAAUAUAAACAA